AAGACUAUCCCAAUGCAACGCGCAAGGAGGCCGAAGACGCAUACGAAGCGUAUAAAGUCUUCUACGUCAAACACCAUCAGGACCACCCCGCAACAACCACGGAUUGUUACGCGGAAUUUCUAAAAACACAUGGCAAGCAAG